AUGAAAAACCUUGGUUUUCAGGAAAAGCAGAUCUCAGCAGCCAAGCACAACAGGCAAAAGAAAAUGAAUGUGAGUAAAAAUGUCAACAUUAAGAAGAAAGUGAGAUUUGAUGACAGACCUAUAAUCCACGGGCAGACAGAUAACCAAGAUGAUAGCAAAGUGACUGCCGUAGCUCUAGCUAUAGUUAAGGAUGCCAUCGAUGCUGCUGUUGAGUUUGUGGAAGAUGCUGAAAACCCCAUCAAAAAUAUCAAGUGGAUCACACACGGUGAAUUCACAGCAGAAAGGGGCCGUAAACAAAUUGCGAAGUUCGUUUCGGAAAAGCAGAUCUCAGCAGCCAAGCACAACAGGCAAAAGAAAAUGAAUGUGAGUAAAAAUGUCAACAUUAAGAAGAAAGUGAGAUUUGAUGACAGACCUAUAAUCCACGGGCAGACAGAUAACCAAGAUGAUAGCAAAGUGACUGCCGUAGCUCUAGCUAUAGUUAAGGAUGCCAUCGAUGCUGCUGUUGAGUUUGUGGAAGAUGCUGAAAACCCCAUCAAAAAUAUCAAGUGGAUCACACACGGUGAAUUCACAGCAGAAAGGGGCCGUAAACAAAUUGCGAAGUUCGUUUCGAAGUGGGAGCAUGAAAGACACUGGGUGAACUACACAGAGUUUGUAGAGAGGAAAGACGUAAUUCACAGCUUCCACUACAUCUACUGUGUACGCUGGAGUGUCCCAACCGCUCAAAGACCCAUGGGGAAAGUCACUGCUGCUGCCUACUUCACCAUCAAGAUCAACAAAAACAAACCUCCGGAUGCACCUAUUGAUGUCUCUUAUAUCUUUGAGGAGCUUUCAUUAGUUCAAAGACCAGGAAUGCUUCGCUUUCGAGAAAAAUGGCCGAGGGACAUUAUUGAUAUCAAAAAUAUUUUAAUACAGUCAGUCAAGUCAUCACUCAAUAUUGUGUGA